ACGACGGAAAACUCGUGGCAGACGACACGCAAAGACCUGACCAUCUUUUGGCGUUUAAAUCCAGACAAUUCAAAGACGAGGAAGUCAACACCAGAUCCUGAUAAGUCACAGAACCAAUCAUCGUCGUCUUCGGAGUUGUGACGCCAUCAGACUUCGGACUUGGAGCAGAUUGCGCAGAGACAAGACAGCCGACGGCUUAGGAUUUGUCUCGUCUUCCCAAAGCAACAUUGCGAAAAAUCUAUAGUGUCCCUCCUCAGACGAUCAAGACUGAUCCUUCCUAAGAAUUGAGGUUCUGAUUGUUAGGGCAAUCGCCAGAUAUCAUAAUCAUUAUCUCUCUCCGUAUCUAGUCACAUGGUCAUGGCAUCUCUUGGGAGUGUCUUCCGUCCAGGGAUGCUCAGGGGAAGGACAGCUAUCGUCACGGGAGGAGCAACCGGCAUCGGACGCGCGAUCGCAAGAGAACUACUGGAUCUUGGAUGUCGAGUAAUGAUCGCCUCCAGGAACGAAGAGCGAUUAACGGACGCCCUGUCCGGUUUCCGCCAGUCCGUCGGUCAGUCCAGGUCCAGUGAUAUCCAAGCAACAGUCUGUAAUAUCAGAAAAGAGGACCAGGUGAAGGAUCUCGUUUCGAAUACCCUCAUGACGUACGGAGGCCUCGACUUUCUGGUCAAUAAUGGCGGUGGUCAGUUCCGGUCUCCGGCCAGUGACAUCAGCUACAAAGGUUGGCACGCCGUGGUCGACACGAAUCUAAACGGAACCUUCCUGUGUUCAAAAGAAGUAUUUAAUCAACAUAUGAAAUACUAUGGAGGAAGCAUCGUGAAUAUCAUCGCAGAUAUGUGGAAAGGCUUUCCCGGUGUGACUCACACGGGGGCAGCACGGGCCGCAGUUGACAAUAUGACGAAAUCUCUCUCAAUCGAAUGGGCUGAAAACGGAGUUCGAAUCAACUCUGUUGCACCGGGCAAAAUAUGGUCAGAAACAGCUAGCGAGAACUACAAGAAAGUUAACCCGAAAUACUUCGAGGAUCAGAUUCCUGGUAUACCAAUGUGCAGAUUGGGCACCCCAGCAGAAAUCUCGUCAGCAGUGUGUUUCCUUCUGUCCCCCGGCGCAAACUUUAUCACCGGGGCCACUCUCAACGUAGACGGCGGCGGAAGCCUGUACUCACAACUUUCAUGGAAAGUCCCAGUUCACAACAGCAUGCCUGCCUAUACAUGGGAGGGCGACGCCCAACCUCCGUCCAAUCCAGAUAUAGAGGCAGAGAAGAAGAAGGCUGACGUAACAUUCGAGGAAAUCGUGGUCUAAGAACAGGGAUGUUUUGGAGACGGGACGAUUCCGAAAAUGGAGUCCGAAAAUAGUGCUAUAAGACAAUGGAUUCUAAUCAACAGGGCCAAAGAUAUCAAGUCACGAUUUGACGCCAUUGUAAGCAGUCAUUGCACAAUAUGGAGAUUAUCCCAAGUAAUCCAGUCUCCUUGACGAUGAUGACGUCAUCACAGUACUCUCCCUGAGAAAGUACCGCGAAUGUGCCCCGAGAAGACUGUUUAUCAUCACCAUCAUCAUCUUCUUGGUAUCAAAUCACAUUCUGAAUAAUAUAAUAAUUAUUAUUGCGCCACUGGCUGGAUUAAAUAAAUUUUAUAUUCAGAUGUUUAUUGGUAUUGCUAUCUUUAUAUUAAGUGUAUAAAAAACCUCAUGUAUUUCUUGUGUACAAGAAGUUUUGUCUCAAUAUGUGAUAUGCGAGAAGGGGUGCUCUUUUUUAUGUGCGCGCCCGUGGAAUAAAAUGUAUACUACCUUUUAUACA